AUCAGGAGUGAACCCAGAGGCAUGUAUGAAUGAAAGUCCACAGACAAACGAAUUUAAAGGAACAACUGAGGAGGCACCUGUGAAAGAAAGCCCACACACAAGUGAAUUUAAAGGAGCAGCCCUGGUGUCACCUAUCAGUAAAAGUAUGUUAGAACGACUUUCCAAGUUUGAAGUUGAAGAUGCUGAAAAUGUUGCUUCAUAUGACAGCAAGAUUAAGAAAAUUGUGCAUUCAAUUGUAUCAUCCUUUGCAUUUGGAAUAUUUGGAGUUUUCCUGGUCUUACUGGAUGUCACUCUCCUCCUUGCCGACCUAAUUUUCACUGACAGCAAACUUUAUAUUCCUUUGGAGUAUCAUUCUAUUUCUCUAGCUAUUGGCUUAUUUUUUCUCAUGGAUGUUCUUCUUCGAGUAUUUGUAGAAGGGAGACAGCAGUAUUUUUCUGACUUAUUUAACAUUUUAGAUACUGCCAUUAUUGUGAUUCCUCUGCUGGUUGAUGUCAUUUACAUUUUUUUUGACAUUAAGUUGCUUAGGAAUAUUCCCAGAUGGACACAUUUAGUUCGACUUCUACGACUUAUUAUUCUGAUAAGAAUUUUUCAUCUGCUUCAUCAAAAAAGACAACUUGAAAAGCUGAUGAGAAGGCUGGUUUCAGAAAACAAAAGGCGAUACACAAGGGAUGGAUUUGACCUAGACCUCACUUACAUUACAGAACGUAUUAUUGCUAUGUCAUUUCCAUCUUCUGGAAGGCAGUCUUUCUAUAGAAAUCCAAUUGAGGAAGUUGUGCGGUUUCUAGAUAAGAAACAUCGAAACCACUAUCGAGUCUACAAUCUAUGCAGUGAAAGAGCUUAUGAUCCUAAGCACUUCCAUAAUAGGGUCGGUAGAAUCAUGAUUGAUGAUCAUAAUGUCCCCACUCUACAUGAGAUGGUGGCUUUCACCAAGGAAGUAAAUGAGUGGAUGGCUCAAGAUCUUGAAAACAUCGUAGCGAUUCACUGUAAAGGAGGCAAAGGAAGAACCGGGACUAUCGUUUGUGCCCUCCUUAUUGCCUCCGAAAUAUUUUUAACUGCCGAGGAAAGCCUAUAUUAUUUUGGAGAAAGUCGAACAGAUAAAACCCACAGCAAUAAAUUUCAGGGAGUAGAAACUCCUUCUCAGAAUAGAUAUGUUGGAUAUUUUGCACACGUGAAACAUCUCUACAACUGGAAUCUCCCUCCAAGACGGAUACUCUUUAUAAAAAGAUUAAUUAUUUAUUCGAUUCGUGGUGAUGUAUGUGAUCUAAAAGUCCAAGUAGUAAUGGAGAAAAAGGUUGUCUUUUCCAGUACUUCAUUAGGAAAUUGUUUGAUAUUGCAUGACAUUGAAACAGACAAAGUAUUAAUUGAUGUAUUCGACGGUCCACCUCUGUAUGAUGAUGUGAAAGUGCAGUUUUUCUCUUUGAAUCUUCCUAAAUACUAUGACAAUUGUCCAUUUUUCUUCUGGUUCAACACAUCUUUUAUUCAAAAUAACAGGCUUUAUCUACCCAAAAAUGAAUUGGAUAAUCCACAUAAACAAAAAGCAUGGAAAAUUUAUCCACCAGAAUUUGCCGUGGAGACACUUUUUGGCGAAAUGACUUCCAAUGACGUUGUAGCUGGAUCCGAUUAAGUAUAGCUACCCCUUCCCCUUCUGGGAAAGAAUUAUGUUCUUUCCAACCCCUGCCACAUGUUCAUAUGUCCUAAGUCUUCCUUGAUGAU